AUGAAUCCACAGGUGGAGCACUUGGUCAAAAAGACCUGGGCCAAAUUCUGCUCAACCCCCGAAGACGCCCGCUUAAUGAUCGCCGUCAGCGGCAUCCCAGGCUCCGGCAAGACAGCCCUCGCCAACAUGAUGACCCAACAAAUCAACAAGAUCUACGGCCAAGAAAACCCCAACUCAACACCAAUCGCCACUGCCAUCCCAAUGGACGGCUACCACCUCACUCGCGCCCAGCUAUCCGCAAUGUCAGACCCCGACUACGCAUUCGCGCGCCGCGGCGCAGCAUUCACCUUUGACGGAGAGAAAUUCCUGGCACUCGUACAAGACUUGCGGAGACCGUUGACGCCAUCCUCAAUGACGCUGUACGCUCCAAGCUUCGAUCAUGCAAUUAAGGAUCCUGUUGAUGAUGAUAUACCGAUCCCGGCGUCUUGUCGGGUGAUCUUCUUCGAAGGGAAUUAUUUAAGUUUAGAUAAGGGGCCGUGGAAUGUGGCCGCGGGGUUGAUGGAUGAGUUAUGGUUUGUGGAUGUCGAUUUUGAGAUUGCGAGAUCUAGGUUGGUUAAAAGGCAUGUCAAGGCGGGGAUUGCAGAGAAUGAGGCGGCGGCUGAUAAGAGGGUGAGAGAGAAUGAUUUGGUUAAUGGGAAGGAGAUUGUGGAUUGUAGGUUGCCGAUUCAGGAGAUGAUUUCGAGCAUUUAUGAUCCUACGUGGGAAAAGUCAUAG